AUCUCCCAGUGGCAGGCCCUUCGAUAAAAUCAGGAACUUGCGCUGGCCCUGCAAUGUCAAGGGAGGGGGCUCACCCAGGGCUCCUGUAGCUCAGGGGGCAGGCCCGAGCCCUGCGCCCGCCCUGAGUCCGUCCGGCCCCUGACGGGGCGCCCCAUCCUGAGGGGCUCCGCACUGGCCCCCACUGAGGCAGGGGACCUGACCGGCUCGGAGCUCGGCUGGAUGUUACAGGCGUGCAAAAUGGAAGGGUUUCCCCUCGUCCCCCCUCAGCCAUCGGAAGAGCUGGUUCCCUAUGACACGGACCUGUACCAGCGCCAAACACACGAAUACUACCCCUAUCUCAGCAGCGAUGGAGAAAGCCACAGCGACCAUUACUGGGACUUCCACCCGCACCACGUGCACAGCGAGUUCGAGAGCUUCACGGAGAACCACUUCACGGAGCUGCAGAGCGUGCAGCCCCCGCAGCUGCAGCAGCUCUACCGGCACAUGGAGCUGGAGCAGAUGCACGUGCUCGACACCCCCAUGGCGCCGACCCACGCGGGCAUUGGCCACCAGGUCUCCUACCUACCCCGGAUGUGCCUCCCAUACCCUUCCCUGUCCCCGGCCCAGCCUAGCUCGGACGAGGAGGAAGGCGAGAGGCAGAGCCCGCCGCUGGAGGUGUCUGACGGGGAGGCUGAUGGCCUGGAGCCAGGGCCUGGCCUCCUGCAUGGGGAAACAGGCAGCAAAAAGAAGAUCCGCCUGUACCAGUUCCUGCUGGACCUGCUCCGCAGCGGAGACAUGAAGGACAGCAUCUGGUGGGUGGACAAGGACAAGGGCACCUUCCAGUUCUCGUCCAAGCACAAGGAGGCGCUGGCACACCGCUGGGGCAUCCAGAAGGGAAACCGCAAGAAAAUGACCUACCAGAAGAUGGCCCGCGCCCUGCGCAACUAUGGCAAGACAGGCGAGGUCAAGAAGGUCAAGAAGAAGCUCACCUACCAGUUCAGCGGGGAGGUGCUGGGCCGCGGGGGCCUGGCCGAGCGGCGCCACCCGCCCCACUGAUCCCAGGCCCGCAGACCCCACUGGGCCCGCCAGGCCUCCCCGCUGGCCAUAGCAUUAACCCCUCGCCUGGCCCGGACACAGGGAGGCAAGCUCCCAGGGGCCGGGGGCAGGACUGCGGCGGGCCGGGCCUCGCCUCACCCGUCCACUCCCUCCUCCAAGCCCGCUACCCACACCUCUCCUCCCCUCCCGCCAGGACUCCAGCCCCGGCUCCAGGGGGCUCCCUGGGCGUCUGACCCCAGGGAGGGGUCGGCCUUGCUUAGUGUGACCCAGGGUGCUACCUUGGAAGUUGGAAGUCAUCAUAUUUGUGUACAUGGAACCUUUCUUCUUAAGUGUCUCUCCUUUCCCCGACCUCUUUCUUCCCCGUUAGCUUCCUCAAGAAGCAAAUUUAUUAAAGUUAUUCUCCGUGAGUUCUCCUGUA